UUGAACCGCCGUAACCCUGGUGCCGAGCAGUCGCUGUUCACCGCAGAACUUGAGAAGUUCCGGCCAUACCAACAGCGCCUUGUAGCUACUGUGCACAAUCAGCAAGUCGUAUUGCAGGAAAUCCAGGGACUAUGGAAGAGCUUACGAGACCUUGCUGGGCGUGGACCUGGUGCAAAGAAGUGGGAUGAACGCGAGCGGCGGAAGAAGGACACUGUACGUAGGUUUUCGAAUGCGAGAGACGGGUAUAUGGAGGUCAGGGAUGGGUUGACGUAUGUGUACUCUUUUCCCCGUUCCAUCCUUACUGACUAA